CCGUUGAGUCCGUGUCCGCUCGUGAUGCUGAGGACGGGAGAUGAAGCGCCGCGGAUGCUGAAGCCGAGGAUGAGGAAGGUCAAAGCCUCGUCCGCUGGAGGGCCGUGAGAGACCAUGAUCAGAUGGAAACACGUGUCUGUUAUAUGUGACGGAUCUCAGGGGCCAAGGUGGACUCUCUUCACGUUUGUGUGUGUGUGUGUGUGUGUGUGUGUGUGUGUGUGUGUGACUGCAGGAGAGACGAGGGGCUGCUGGGAAGGUCUUUCAUGACCAGAGAUGUGUCACUUCACAAGUGUUUUCACGACUACAGAUCCCACACCUGCUUCCUGCGGACACUCGUCCUUUCCAGCUGAGCGACGAACAUGGCAAAGAAAGACUACCUGCUAGACGCAGCCCAACAGAUUCGCAUGGCCCUGGACCGAGAGGUCAACGAAGACUACGAGGCGGCUUUCAGCUACUACAAGAACGGAGUGGAUCUGCUGCUCAAUGGAGUUCAAGUGGAUCCGAAUAAAGAGAGACGUGAAGCCGUGAAACGGAAGACCACGCAGUAUCUGAAGAGAGCCGAGGAGAUCUUCAUCUCUUAUUUACAAGACAACAUCUCUAAAGGAUCCACUCAUUUAGGAGGUUAUAGUAGCCUGCGCUUUCGGUCGAUAAGACAUCUAAGUUCGCCGGUGGAGAAUCUGGCGAUGUGCAAAGUCGUUGGAAUCAUUGAUAAGGUGCUGACGGUUGAAAGUCUGAUAAGCAAGGAGACGUUUAUCGUUAAGAGUUUACCAAAGUCGAGCUGGGAGAGUCGUGAGAGGUCCACCAUCAUUCCUCAGGGAGUGCCCUUCAUGGUGAAGCUGCUAAAAUACUACGUCAGUGAAGACACUGUGUUCCUUCAUCUUGAACAUGUUAAAGGUGGAAGACUCUUUUCCAGACUUCACAGGGUCAGAACUGCAGCAGUCAGGGAGCAUCCAGAAUGCUUCAGUCCCAACCAGCACAAGAUCUAUCUGAAGAACAGCUACACCCUUCCUGCUCUUCGCCAAGAGAUUUACCUCAGUGACAAUUAUGAGAGAAACAAACCUCUUGAGAGUCCAGGCAGCCCAACAAAACAUUGUCUUGAAAACUGCAUAACCCAUUCCUACUGUGAAGAUUCAGGACGCCAGCAGGGACGUUCUCUAGGUUUGUAUGCAACAAGGACAGAUAAUGAGCAUCCUUCUGUUGGUCUUCCCAAUGGUCUAAAGUCUUUACCUCAGGAUAAUGUUCCUCUUCCUAUUCAUCCUUGUGUGAUUGUGGACACUCGGGAUCCUCUUGAUGUCACUUCUGACCUUUUAGGAAAUGAUGUCCGCAUUGAGCGCAUUGACACUUACAUAGAUCUGAACAAAGCUUGGAAUGCUUUGGAACCUGCUCAGGACUGUCUGAGUUUGACCGUACCAGGAUCAAACUCGGAUAUUCUAGGAUUCAGCAUUGCAUCUCAGAUUACUCCAGCCUCUCUAUUUGGUGAAAAUGCACAACCAACCCUUUGCAGCACGGUUGAUGUUCUUCCACAGAGAGUGCGGAUAGUUCCCAACACGUCACAUUUACCUCCACGAAACCAAGUGCAGGAUGAAUUUCCACAUGAACAAAGUCUCACUAACUGUAGACCCAGUGGAAAUGGACAGAUUUCACAGUUUGUGGCUGAAUUGAGCAAAGUCAGCUCUCAUCACAAUCCAUUUGAAUGUACACCUCACAAACAAGAAAGUAACUCUAUAGACUUUACAAAGAUGACUUCCCAGGUGAACACUGUUGACAUGGCGAGGGAGGCUGGGAAGGAGGACAUGGAGAACUGGCAGUUCUUCAGCUCUUCAUUUAAACAGCCACAAGUUGGCAUGAUCUCCGGUCCGUCGGCACCUACCACAAACAGCUCCUGUUGGAGCGAGACUGAACCAGAACAGCAAGUGAAGGUGGACGGCUUGGGCCAUUACCCCCAAAUUAAGGCUAAGAACUUCAGUGCCAGAUCGAGGUGGUGUAGACGGGGACUCCCCGAGGACGAGGUGCGACUGUGGGGGGCUCAGAUCCUGUUGGCCUUGGAAAGUCUUCAUGAGCAGGGCAUUGUGUGCCAGGACCUCAACCCACGAAAUAUUCUACUGUGCAAUAACGGUGAGGCGUGUCUUACAUACUUUGGACAGUGGACAGAAGUUCAGCCUGAAAUUAACCUGAAAGCAAUGGAAGAGAUGUACUGUGCACCAGAAAUUGGAGGUGUGUCAAAAAUCACAGAGGCGUGUGAUUGGUGGAGCCUUGGCGCUUUAUUAUAUGAGCUUCUUACUGGCAUGCCUCUGUGGCAGUGCCACCCUGCGGGUGUUCACCCUCACACUCCGCUCCAUAUCCCAGAGUUCCUCAGCACCGCAGCCGCCUCGCUUCUCACUGAGCUGCUCCAGUUCGAUGCGUGUUAUCGUCUGGGAUCAGGAGGCGGCGGCGUGAGCGACAUCAAGUGUCAUCCGUUCUUUAACUCCGUCCCGUGGCUCACACUCAGCAGUUCAGUGACGUCCUAGUGCCUUGUGAAAGUAUUCACCCCCUCCAUUUGUUUCUGCCGUUACGCCUCCAGACAUUAAAGAUGACCACAGAUUCACAUCUGAUUCUGAAUUUCCUGAAAAGAGGAGCAUAUUUAUGAAGGUUUUUGGUCCAAAAUAUGUUGUAUAUCUACAUGUGGCUUAUUUAUGUCAGUAAUUUCAGCAGCUGGAAAGCACCAAAGGCUCUGAUUGGACUGGAGUACUAAUACUAAGAUCUUAGAAACUAUGCAUUGUUGCACAAUAAAAAGCAGUAUUACAUGAUAUACAUCUUCAGUGGCCGCAGUCACUGGAAAAGAUCAGUUCACAUUUGACAUUGAGUUUCUUCAUUAGAUCUGGAGAAAUGUCUCUGUCUCAGUAAUGGAUGUGAAUGGGUGCCGUCAGAAUGAGAGUCUGAUAAAAACAUCACAAUAAUCCACCGUCCAUCAGUGAACAUCUGGAGAAGACAGAAGAUCAAAUAAUCCAUCAAGAAGUUUUUAAAUAAAAUCCAUGAAGAAGAAGUGUUCUGGUCUAAAUCAGGAGAGAAAUCUGCUCAGAUCAAGAAGUGUUUACAAGACUAAAUAAAACCUCUAUAAACUAAUAUGUGUGAGACAACAGGAGAUUUUCGCUGGAGGAAGUGUUAUUAUAGAUAAUGGACUCAGAUUUUAGUUCAACAUUUCUUGAUGGACUAUUUGAUCUUCUGUCUUCUCCAGAUGUUAAGUGCUGUGGACUAUUGUGAUGUUUUUAUCAUCUGUUUGGACUCUUACACAUCCUCAUCGGGGCUGGCCUGAGCUUGAGCACAUUUUCAUGUUUUGUUUCAUUUAAAUUUUUUGCCGGUUUUGAGUCUAAAUGUGUGAUACAACGUAUCUGAUGGAAAUGGAAAUGUGCAAGUCCCACAUCUAGGGUUUCUGGAUACAAUAAAGUAUUGACAGUAUAGAAUAUUAUAUAAUAAUGAAUAUGCAAGGAGAGUGCUAAUAUGAUCAUGGUCUGAGAGUUUCAUACAUUUGAACAAUUUUUAACAUGGCAGAGAUUCAGAUCUGCCUGCAGGAGUGGAAACUCAUUUUCCUUUUAUUUGACGAGCAGAAACAAUGAAUGCGGGUGAAUCUUUUGUGAAGGUCUGAAGCGGAUCACAGCACUGAAAGUCCCAAAGACCUCUGGAUGUCUCCGGAGGAUUCACGGGUUAUAGCUGCACUUUCACCUCCAUCUGGUGGCAGCAGAGGCAAUUUCUCCACAUCAGCAGAUUUCCCAGUUUUCACACACUUCCUACAGAGAAGGAUGUGCAUGAAGCUGCAGAGAGCAGACGGGCGGACCGGAGCACAUCCGGGGCAUUACAACUUUGCACUCGCUGUACUGCAGAUGAAAUGCAAUAUUACUGAACGCCAAACAUUCAGUCACGUGUUACAUCCUCUCCAUUUCCGAUUGAAUGUUUCUUAUGUGAUCGCAUUGAAUAAACCACCCAUUUCUUACCAGUUUAUUGUGCGUUUUGUAACACUAAAAGCACAUGAAUGCGUAUGAUCUGUCAGAGCAAAUAUAUUAACAUGCAUGUCUGAUUAAAAGCACAAAACCUUUGUAUUAA